AUGGCUCUUUCUCCUCAGCAUCAAGGCGCCAUUGGCUUUGACACACUACCGCCUGAGAUACAGCAAGAGAUCUGCAACUACCUUGCUGGUGACAGAGCUUCACUCUUCGCUGCCAUUAGGGUGAGUAGAGCCUGCUACAACUGUUGCAUUGGCAUGCUAUGGCGCAACUCCACCCAAAAAGGGCUGGCCAAAGCCUCAACACAUGCUCGACGACAAUACUAUGCCAACAUGAUCUACGAUUGGAACCUGAAUCACGGUCGCGCCUGGAAGAUGUUCGAUCGACUUGAAUUUCCCUUACUCGAAAGUAUCACCUUCUCGGGAGGCGGUCUUUCGAAUGUGCAACUACGUCGCUGUUUAGAGAUGGGGCUGCAGACGCUACGCUAUAAUCGGUGUGAGUUUGACGCAACUAUCUUGGAGCUGAUCGCAACGUACUGCACGCAGCUUCGGGAACUCGAAGUAACAUUCCCAACCACGCACAAGAUCACCCCCAGUCAAUUUACAAAAUUUGUGCAGAGUUUUUCAGAUCUACAGUGUCUUCGACUGCAUGGUAUACGGAGGUACAUUAUGAAUGAAGUGUUCAAAUGGCAGAGUCCUUUGGUCGCUCAACUCGAAGAAUUAGCCCUGACAGGAUAUUGGGAUUCGAAUGAUUAUUAUCCAACCACCGUUGCGGAAUGCCUGUUUCGCAACAAUUUCCUCGAACGCUGCACCGGCUUGCGCGAGCUUCGUGUGGAUGGCGGUGAAGGAUUUUCUGUGCGCACCUUUGCUCGGUUGUCAUCUUUCGACUCGCUCGAAGUUUUCUACAUCGACGGAUGGAUUGAUGACAUUGUUGCUGACCAGCUCGAAGCGCAGUUUUUCUACAAGCACAACCCAUAUCCAUUCCCAAGUCUUCGAGAGUUUUCUAUGCAAGGCGUGUCUCUGGCGGUCAACGCUCUUCUAUCCAGCGCUCCUCGUACUCUACUUAAGCUGAGCCUUGAAGUCGAUGAUGGUGGUGCCGGUAUUCGCUCAACGAUUAGCCGCCUUUCGAAUCUUGUCAGCCUGAGCGUCACUUUCAGUUUCUUCGGAGAAGUCUUUCGGGAAGAUCUGGACUGUAUCUCGGCCCUGUCAAACCUACAGGAGCUUCGUAUCGACAAGAAAGCGGUCAAUAACCCCGGUUUUGUGUCUAUUAACUGCUCCUGGCUCACAGAUCAAUACUUUCGAAGCUGGAUUGCAAAGCUCCGUCAGCUUCGCAUCUUGCGUUUGGCGCUUUCUGGCUUUCCGUCCGCCUCAAUCACCCAGGCUUGUCUACAGUCCCUUUCUGACAGCUGUCCAUUGUUAGCUGAUUGUCAACUCAUGUGGGAACAUGAUCUGAAUGUAUGGACAAGCCUUGAAGCGCCUUUGUUUCCCAAUCUCGAAGUUUUCCACCUCGGACAAGUCAAGGAUCAUGGCCACAACCAAGGUAAAGCAGCGAUCGACAAGGUUGCUACAAGAGACGUGAAGGUGAUUCAGAACCUUGCUCCUAGCCUCAGAAGGUUCUUCAUCGAAUCUGUACGCCCGCACGAGAAGGCUCUGAUGACUAUCUUCAAGGCAGGCGUUUGA